GGCGGUGUGCGGGAGGGGGCAGAGAGGUGGGAAACUGUACGUAUCGCGCAGGCGCACCGUGGGCGACAGCAAUGGCGAUGUCGUGCCCAUUGAAUAGGUAUCUGCUGCUCAUGGCGCAAGAGCACCUGGAGUUCCGCUUGCCGGAAAUAAAGUCUUUGCUUUCACUUUUUGGAGGUCAGUUCAUCAGUAGUCAGGAAACUUAUGGAAAGUCUCCUUUUUGGAUUCUUAGCAUUCCCUCAGAAGAUAUUGCCAGAAACUUAAUGAAACGAACAGUGUGUGCCAAGUCCAUAUUUGAGCUAUGGGGUCAUGGAAAAUCUCCAGAGGAGCUGUAUAGUUCUCUUAAAAACUACCCUGUGGAGAAGAUGGUUCCGUUUCUACAUUCAGAUUCUACGUAUAAAAUAAAAAUUCACACAUUUAAUAAAACAUUGACACAAGAAGAAAAAGUCAAACGAAUAGAUGCACUUGAGUUUCUGCCAUUUGAAGGGAAAGUGAAUUUAAAGAAGCCACAGCAUAUAUUCUCUGUUUUGGAGGAUUAUGGUUUGGACCCAAACUGCAUCCCUGAGAAUCCACAUAAUAUCUAUUUUGGUAGAUGGAUUGCAGAUGGGCAGAGAGAGCUUAUUGAGUCAUACAGUGUCAAAAAGAGACACUUUAUUGGAAAUACAAGCAUGGAUGCUGGUUUAUCAUUUAUCAUGGUCAACCAUGGAAAAGUGAAAGAGAACGAUAUUGUCUUUGAUCCAUUUGUUGGAACAGGUGGCCUUCUGAUAGCAUCUGCUCAUUUUGGUGCUUAUGUAUAUGGGACAGACAUAGACUACAAUACAGUUCAUGGCUUAGGAAAGGCUAGUAGGAAAAACCAAAAGUGGAGAGGACCAGAUGAAAACAUUAGGGCAAAUCUUCGUCAGUAUGGUUUAGAGAAGUAUUACCUUGAUGUCCUGGUUUCAGAUGCGUCUAAACCUUCCUGGAGGAAGGGCACAUAUUUUGAUGCAAUCAUCACUGAUCCUCCAUAUGGUAUCAGAGAAUCUACGAGAAAAACAGGUUCUCAGAAGGAAAUACCAAAGGGGAUGGAAAAAUGUCCAGAAAGCCAUGUUCCUGUUUCCUUGAGUUAUCAUCUGAGUGAUAUGUUUUUUGACCUGUUAAACUUCGCAGCUGAGACCCUUGUAUUAGGUGGAAGACUAGUCUAUUGGUUACCAGUGUAUACACCAGAAUACACUGAAGAGAUGGUACCCUGGCACCCUUGCCUGAGGCUUAUUAGCAACUGUGAGCAGAAGCUUUCCAGCCACACAUCAAGGCGCUUGAUAACAAUGGAAAAGGUGAAGAAAUUUGAGUGCCCAAGUGGAGAAUGACGCACGGAGCUGUGAGGAGAAGUCAAGCAGCUGGAGAGAUGUCGGCAUCUGGAUGGAGCUCUGAAGUGUAACCAAGUGACAUUUCUGCCAGGAUGACGCUAGCAUAGGUCAGGAAGUGGACACGUUUUCUGGAGAUCUUAUUUGAUACAGGGAUGGAAUUUAGAAUACUUGGAGGAGCGAAUGAUGGCAUAUCCCUUCCUUUCAGCUGACUCUUUUGAGUCAGACUUUUGAUGAAAGUUGAAACGUGCAAGCCAAGGUUAAAUGCUGGAUUGUUCUGUAUUGCUGCUGUCCUUAAACAGUCCUGAGAUGUGGACCAGACUAGAAUCUUCCUCUGAAAUCGAUGACACUCAUAGGAUUAUGGUAUCCCUCAGGCAUCCUUGUGGCUCCCUAGAUGUUCUCUUCAUAUAAAAAUUUUGUUUUGAAAUUAUCCUCUUGUUUCACUGAAAUGAUCCUCUUAGUUGCUAGCAGUACAUUAGUAAGACUUCUGAUCCAUUUCUGUUGCUUUGUGGGUAGGCAGCUCAGCUUUCAAAGCCUUAGUUUAAAUCUGGAUCCCCAGAGAUACUCCUUGAGUUGAGGAAAAAGUUAGCUCUUUUGGAGAAAUCCUCAUUUGUUGCAGUUAAGAGUAUGGUAUCAGGGGUCAAGUAGGCAUAUGUUUAAAUCCUUACCACUUACCAGCUGUGCUCUCUUCGGCCUGUACUCUUUACUUCCUCAUCUGUGGGGGAUGCUAGUAGUAGUGUACUUCUCUCUGAGAGCUGAUGGGUUUAUAUAAAACAUUGGCAUUGUUUUGGCCCAUAAUAAAUACCUAGUAAAUACCACGUUUCAUUUGGUAUUCCUUAAUCGUAUACCUACAGGUUGAUCAGAUAAGAUUUAUCUUUUAUCUUUUGGAAAUUAUAUAGCCUGAAGUUAGUAACCAUUGGCAUGUUUUCAUGUGCUUGCAGGAGUUUAUAGUUAGUGUAUAAAGUAUAUAUAAGUAUAUUAGUGGCACUACUAUACUUCGUG